AUGUUAUGGUGGCGGCAAGACGAUGAUGAGAGGGAAACAGAUGAUGAAGUGGAAGUGCGAGGAAGAAGCGUCCUCGUACUUAUCUCUCAUUAUUUCCCUUUGUUGGAAGUCCUCGACCUCAGUUACCCUUUACACUGCUACCAUGGUGCUGUAGAGCUUUCACAUUUAAAAAAACUCCGCAAGGUUAAUUUCUCUGGUCAUUCCGACAUCAAUGACAAAUCGCUUCUCCAUUUGUUCAAAAGUUGUAAGGUUCUCGAAGAGGCUAUCAUGUUGCACUGUUUUGACAUAACCUUUGAUGGAAUUGCUAAAGCUCUGCGCGAGAGACCAACCUUGAGGUCUUUAUCAUUUUCCAAAACUAAUGGACCAGUAAAGGUGAGGUAUGAGUCAGCUUACACUACUUCACAUUUCAUUUCCUCCUUGAGUUUGAAAUGCUUAGCUUCUCUUGAUUUAUUGUCUUCGAAUAUCUCGGAUGAGUUGCUCUCCUCUAUUGCCACCGAACGUCUACCUUUGACGAGGCUUGUUCUCCAAUAUUGCAUCGGCAUUGUUCAAGUUUUAGGGAUAUGCUGUAACAUUAGACAUUUGAACUUAUCCAAGUGUUCAAUGGUGAAACUAGAAAUGAACUUUGAAGUUCCCAAAUUGGAGGUGUUGAACUUGUCAUAUACAAAUGUUGAUGAUGAAGCACUUUAUAUGAUCUCAAAGAGUUGUUGUGGGCUUUUGAAAUUGUCACUUGAAAAUUGUAAUGAUUUCACAAAGAAGGGAGUGAACCAUGUGGUAGAAAACUGCACUCAACUGAGAAAGAUUAGUUUGGAUGGUUGUCAUAAAGUACAUGCUAAUAUUGUUUCUUCGAUGGUAUCUUCAAGGCCAUCGUUGAGACAGAUAACAGCUCCUCCAACUCGUACGGGUGCCUUUAGUGCGAGAAAGGUGAAAUACUUCUUGCGUCAAGGAUGCCUUGUUUGCUAG